UAGUUGCACCUCGACUUAGCAUCCUUAACUCUUUAAAAUGCUCUCUCCUUCUCAUAAAACAACUCGUAUCUAGCAGCAUCAAGUACGGUCAUCAUUCUCAUCAGAACCCUACUUUGCUUCGAAAUUUUCACCCAGUUUUCAGUCUUUUUCUUGGGAAAAACAGGACCUCGAGUUACAGUACAGGAAAUACAAAGCAAACUAGGCCUAAUGAUUUAGAAGAGUUUGUGAUUCUUGAUUGGAGAAUGAAUGGCAAAAAGGGUAGGAGACCAACAUUCCACCAGCAGCUACCAAAUCCAAGCAGCCUGAUACCAGCAACUUUUAAGUAUGAGACCUUUCUCCUCCUGUAAAGCUUGGUUAUGGAGUGUAUGGGAUUUUGCCAAAGAAGAUAGCAACAGAGUAAAAUUCGCAUUCAAAGUUGGCCUAGCUGUUCUUCUAGUGUCUUUCCUUAUACUAUUCCGAGCACCUUUUCAUAUACUUGGCACCAAUAUCAUCUGGUCCAUCCUCACUGUUGCUAUCAUGUUCGAAUACACAGUUGGUGCAACUUUUAAUCGAGGAUUCAACCGAGCUCUUGGAAGCUUGCUUGCAGGAAUAUUGGCUAUCGCAGUUGCUCAGUUAGCUCUUCAGUCUGGCCGGGUCUCCGAGCCUAUCAUAAUUGGCAUUAGCAUCUUUUUGAUUGGGGCUAUUGCAUCAUUCAUGAAAUUAUGGCCAUCACUUGUGCCAUAUGAGUAUGGGUUCAGGGUGAUACUCUUUACCUACUGCUUGAUCAUAGUCUCUGGGUAUCGGAUGGGGAAUCCAAUAAGGACUGCGAUGGAUCGACUGUACUCUAUUGCCAUUGGAGGGUUUGUAGCAGUCCUAGUGAAUGUUCUCGUUUUUCCUAUAUGGGCUGGGGAGCAAUUGCACAAGGAACUUGUCAAUAGCUUUAACUCAGUAGCUGACUCUCUUGAAGAAUGCGUGAAGAAAUAUUUAGAAGACGAUGGGCUAGAUCAUCCAGAGUUUUCCAAGACUCUGAUGGAUGAAUUUCCAGAUGAGCCAAAUUACAGGAGAUGUAAAAGUACCCUGAACUCCUCAGCAAAACUUGAAUCCUUGGCUAUCUCGGCAAAAUGGGAGCCACCGCAUGGCAGGUUUCAACACUUCUUCUAUCCAUGGUCAGAGUACGUUAAAGUUGGAGCAGUUCUACGAUAUUGUGCUUAUGAGGUCAUGGCACUUCAUGGUGUUUUACACUCUGAGAUUCAGGCACCUUAUAACCUCCGGCUCACAUUCCAUUCAGAGAUUCACGAAGCAGCAACACACGCUGCAAAACUAGUGAGGAGCUUGGGCAAAGACAUUGGUGACAUGAAGCGAAGCCUCAAAACUUCACUGCUAAAGAAACUUCAUGGCUCGACGGAGCGACUGCAACGAGCCAUAGACAUGCACUCUUAUCUCCUAACAUCUAAUUUUGAUCCUCCUGACAACUCUUCCAAACCACUCACUAAGCUCUCUCCUGCCUUUUCAACCACCUUCUACGAUCCGUCAAAUCUCUUAACUGAGUUUGACAGCAGCGGUACAGAAAAAAACUCGAAUCAGACAAACCAAAAUGCGCCUUCAGGUACUCCUCCACAACAGACAGAGUCCUACCAUGAGAUGAUGAGGAAGCAGUCAAGAAGACUGCAUUCGUGGCCAUCAAGGGAAGUUGAGGCUUUUGAAGAAGAAGAAGGGGGUCUUAGUAUGGAAUUUUUGCCAAGAAUGAGAGCAUUAGAGGGCACUGCAGCAUUGUCACUUGCCAAUUUUACUUCCUUACUCAUUGAGUUUGUCGCUAGGCUUGAUCACUUGGUUGAAGCGGUUGAUGAGCUUUCAAAGAUGGCCAAGUUCAAGCAUGAGGGUGUAUAGCUGGAACAUAUACAGAAUUUGAUACGUAUCAUUACUAUCCAACAAGAACAGGAAAAUUGCAAAAUUAAAAGAGGGAAAGAGAGGGAAAAUAUGGGCUUCAAAAGGUGUUGUAAUUAACUUGUAAUCACUUGAAAUAAAUAAUAACAAUAAUAAUAAUAUUAAAAAAAA